CAUGAUUUUCUUUCAUGAUAGUAAUCAUCUCAAUGGAAAGAGAGAAAAAGAGACCGAUGUAGAAUUAUAAAGCUAUAUAUAUACAUGAUGCGAAUCACAUUAGCUAACUACCAAUCUAUUCAAAUUCUUUCCAUAAACAAUCCCCCUCUCAUUCUCUCUCUCUCACUCUCACUCUCACUCUCGUUUGUUCUGAAAUGGAGGAAAUAAAGCAACUAAGAAAUAAACCGUAUCUAUCAAGAAAUCAAUCGAAUGUGCUAACUCCGUUGUACAAAGAUUUUGAACCGAUCUGCGCUGAAGGUCCAAGGUUCGGCAACAUGCUCAAGUGCACCGAUAUUGCUACCAAUGAGGUAGUAGCUAUCAAGAUUUUGAACAUUCCGGAAAACCAGAAAAUCUAUGGAGUUCCAUACAAAAUUUUGAAGCACGUCUCUAUCCUCAAAAAGUUAUCCCAUCCCAAUAUUGUCAGUUUGCUGAAAGUGAUGGAAACAGUUGAUGAUGUGUUUCUUGUUUUUGAGUUUUUUGACACGAGUCUUAGAAGAUACAUGGACAAUUGCUUCCUUUUCGACGUUCGAGGCCAUGAAAAAUUUUUUCUACGUCAAGCUCUUACUGGAUUGGCAUACUGCCAUUCUCUCAAAAUUCUACACAGAGAUCUCAAACCUAAUAAUAUUCUGAUUUCAUUCAGAGAUUAUCCGGUCAUUGGUCGAGUCAAGCUAUGUGACUUUGAUGUGGCAAAAACUUUUGAACCUCCUCUAUCACCCUACUCUAACAAGAUGGGCAUUCCUUGCUAUAAAGCACCUGAACUUUUGAUGGGUUCUACCCGUUAUUCAACUGCAGUUGAUAUCUGGUCGAUGGGCUGCAUAUUUGCUGAGAUGUUUAAGCUCAAACCCCUGUUCGUCGGUGUAGACGAAGUAGAGAUGUUGGCUGAGAUAUUUUGUUUGCUUGGUGCGCCAACAGAAGAAUCCUGGCCUGGUGUGUCUUCUAUAUGCGCCUUUAUUGAACAUCUUGUUGAUCCUUCAAUCAUGCCAAAGGACCUAGCAUUAGAGUUCCCAAAACUCGAUCCUGCUGCUCUUGAUCUUCUUUCGAAAAUGCUUUGUCUGUGCCCAAAUGGCAGGAUUUCAGCUUAUGAAGCUCUUGACCAUCCAUAUCUUCAAGAUUGACCACCCAUGAUGAAGCUUUUGUUUUGACCACCCAUGAUGAAGCUUUUGUUUUGACCACCCAAGGGUUUACUCUCUCUUCCUUUGUACAUCUAACAGAAGAAUCUUAUAGAAUCUUUGGUAUCCUAUUGAAUAUCAUGUGUAAAGGCAAUGACAGUUGAGAAAAGCCUAGUAGUAAUAAAUCUUUCUCUUGUGUAAAGGAUUCCUUGUGUUGUUUUCUAUUAUACCAGACAUGAAAACAAAUUGUUUCAAGUCUUGGCUAGGAUAUGACAUCCUUCCAUGUACAAACAGCAUAAGAUUCGUAGCUCAUGCAUUAUUUUCUUUGUUUUUGAA